GUGCGACAGUGCUUGGUUAGCAAGUUAGCAAGCAGGUCUUAGGCAGGUUUAUGUGCAGUAUGUCGUUAUUUCCUGCGUUUGGAGGAGGUUCAGAUGCUGAUAGCGCUAAAAACACAGACCUAGACUGGCUCAGUAAUCACAGUUUCAGCAGUGCGAAUGCGUUAUCUCUACACCAGCGCACCAUCCACACAGAAACGUCGGAGUCGCACACUCCACGCCCCACGCACACCAGUGAACAGAAAUCUGAGGAAGAUGAUGGUGAUGAGAAUGAUGACAUCAGAUCGAAGAAAAGGAGAAAGAAAGAAAAAAAGAAGAAGAAGAAGCAGAAUAAGCGCAGCAGAGAUGGUUCCGGGAGCAGUGAUUCGGACACAGUUUACCCGAGUGACCUUCUGAACCAACAAGUAGAACCGUCAGAGAGACAGGAGGACUUAACUAAUGUUUCUGGAGUUUUGUGGCUUGAUGAUCUUCAGUCAGAGAAGCAGUUCUAUGUGGACAGGAAGUCAGACCCUGCGAACUGGGAGUACAAGUCACUGUACAGAGCUCACAUUGCCAGGUAUAGGAGGAAGGGCAGCUCUGCACUCGGAUUAGACAACAGGACUCAGAUUGUGCGUUGGGAAGACUCCGCCCCAGACAAGAAGCAUAAAGAAAAAAGAGACGAGCGUUAUUUCUCUCCCUCCAACCGACGCCUACUCAGCUGCGAAGCUCCACCCAUUCUAUCAGCCCCUCCCACUGAUUCCACCCUAUCCACUGAGCCUGCUUCAUUUAUCCCCCUUUCUCCCUGUAAGGAGGAGUCUGACCCCACCCCUCAGACCGGUACCAGCACCGAUCCACUCCGAGUGUACAACCCUGCAACCUCAUUAUGGUUGGAAGGCAAAGGUCAGCCUGAGGUCAAAGGGCAGGUGCAGGUUCCUGUGUCGAACCUGUUAACGAUGCGAGUGGAGGAGUUUAACAGGAACCUGCGGGAAAACCCCACUGACGUGAACACGUGGCUGGAGUUCAUACAGUUUCAGGACGAGGUGGCCAGCUCCCUCUCAGGGCGAGGGGCGGAGACUGAGCGUGCUCUGUUGGACAGAAAGUUGAGUGUGGUGGAGCGCGCACUGGAGUUGAACCCCGGCAGCGUGGAGUUAAAGCUGCACAGACUCCGGCUGGGCCGGGAAUUGUGGGAUACCGCAACACAGCUAAAGGAGUGGAAAAAGGUGGUGUUCAUCCACCCUAACAGCGCCCCCUUGUGGAUGAGCUACAUCCUGUUCACACAGAGCCAGUUCAGCUCUUUCUCUGUUCCCAUGGUAAUGGGCGUAUACAGGAAGUGUCUGAGCACCCUCAGUGCAGUGCAAGACGGACAGCUGGUGUCUCACCCAGCGCUACCAGGGACAGAACAACACCUGCUUGAUGUGUUUUUGCGUCAGUGCCACUUCCUGCAUCAAGCGGGUCACUCCGAGAAAGUUGUGUGUCUUUUCCAGGCUCUGAUUGAGUUCACCUUUUUCAAACCUGACAAUGUGAAAAAACUAACUACUAAACAGCAGGUGGAUUUCUUUGAGACAUUCUGGGACAGUGGGGAGCCGAGGGUAGGAGAGGUUGGGGCCAGAGGGUGGAGUGCCUGGAUGAAGCAGCAGGAGAGGGGAGGCUGGGUACAAACAUCUGAUACAGAGGAGGAUGAUAACGAUGAGGAGGACGAUGAAGAUGGAGAGAUCAAAGAUAAAAGCCAGCCCCGGUGGAAAAUCUGGCUUGACGUGGAGUCAUGGAGGGAAGCCAAUCAGUGGUUACCGUGGAGACCAGACAAAGCCAAAGACCAUUUAGAGGAGGAGUGUGAGGAUCCAGACAGACAGGUGCUGUUUGAUGACAUCGGACAGUCUCUGAUCCGAGUCGAGUUGCCGGAACUGCGUCUUCGUCUCUUGCUUUCUUUCCUUCACUUACUGGGCGUUCCCAUUGGCUCCGCCUCCUCCUCCAUAUCCAGCCCUUUAGUGGAUAACUCCACCUUCCUGGACGACUCUGCCCUCUUAGAUGAGACUCUUGACCCUGAGAGACCUUUGACCUCUUAUGAACUCCCAGUUACUGGUGUCAGUGCUAUGGGUCACAUGUCCUCUCACCGUACCGCUAGGAGGAAGAGGGCGGGGCUAUGUAAGCAGGGGGAGGAGUUUGUCAGGAACAUUCUGGAACAGACCCUCCCACUGUUUCCAGCUCAAGACAGAGCAGAAGUGACUCUCUGCUGGAUGCGCUAUGAAAAACUCAAGGUGCUGCAGUGUGUGCGUAGUGGCAAUAAAAAGUGUGCUAGGGUGCAGGGGAAGUGCACUAAGCGUUUAUUGAAGCGUGCACUGAAGCAGCAGGAGAAUCGUAGCUCCCUGGCGCUGUGGCGUGAGUACGGCCAUGUCGAGUGGUUGUUAGGAAAUGUCGAUGAAGCACGCAGGGUUUUUGACUCUGCCCUCUCUUUGGGUGGGGCCUCGGGUCUACGUGACUCCACCCUCUGCAACCUCAGUCUCCUGUACGCACAAUUAGAAAUGGAACUCAUGUGUCGGGGAGGGGCUGAGAGUGUGAAGACCACACCCACUUCUGCGACUUCCUCUCGGGCAGUGUACAUCCUGACCAAGUUAGCAGAGGGCGCCACCUACAGGCCUUUCACAGGAGAGAUCAGCGCCGUAACAAUACUGAAGGCACGCAAGGCAUAUGAAUGUGCUGUAUCAGAGAGCGGAGCUGGUGAGAAAGCCUGCGCUCUGUCUCGCUGCUUUGGACUUUUCCAGUAUUUGACUGUGGGCGUAGACGCGGCUGAUACGGUGCUCACUCAGGCCAGAGAGCGUAUGAAUUGCGAUCAGCAACGUGAGGCUGUAUGUGUCCUGCAUGUGGCGCUGUUACAUCACCACUCGAGCAUCAGGGCCUUCCCUCUGCGACGUGUGAAGUCAGCAUUGACCGAUGCACUCACCCUACUGCCGCACAGCAUCGCUAUCUGGAGGCUCUACCUACAGGCCAACACCCGCUACCACAAUGCUCCCUACACCCCCCGGUUUCUUAACGCCCUCGCCAAGAGCACCGACAGCGUCCUACCCCGGCUGUUCACCUUAACGACCGAACAGCAGAGAAAGAGCCGAAUAGAUGCUGUGCUUCGGUCGGGUUUUCCAGGAGAUUCUCUUCCUGUCUUUCCUGAGACUGGACUUUGCCAUCGCAUCCGCUCACUGUUUGAGGUUGCUACAGCAACGGAGCAUGGUGCUCACUGCCCUCUGCUGUGGAGACGCUACAUCCACUUUAUGGUCUGUAACAGGGACGUAGAGAGAGGAAGAGGAAUCUUCUACAGAGCCCUACAGCAUGUCCCCUGGGUGAAAGUGCUGUACAUGGACGCUGUGAGCUUGUUCCCUGAUCAUGUGCAGGAGGUUUUGGAUCUGCUGAUGGAGAAGGAGCUGAGACUCCGGACCCCGAUGGAGGAGCUGGACAUCCUGCUGGAAGACUAAAGAACUGAAUAUCUUCCCACGAUGCACUGCGGCGCCCAACACAUCUCCACACCACAGACUGUUUCUAUCCAUCAGAUUAUUUAUUAACUUUUAUUUUGGAAAAAAAGAUAAUUUUGUAAUAAUAAUAAAUGUAACAUAAUGGUUGUUUUGUGGACAGUAGUGCGUGUGGAUACGUUUCAGGUUUGUGUGUGUUGCUGCACUGACACUCAGUCUAGUACACUGAUGAAAAGGGGAAUGUGCGAUGAUCUCAAUAACAC